AAGGCCCGCCUGCCUCCCUUCCUCUGCCCACUGAGCAGCAGAUAAAGCACCUUCCCAGCCUGUGUGCCUGGGUCUGUGCCCUGCAGACGAGUGAUGGCCCGCAUCAUCGACGUGGUACCCUGGGACGAUGGCUCCGCCCACGUGUACGCUUCCCCAGCCAUCCUACUCCCCCUGGAGCGUGUGCGCAACCCACUGGCUGGUGUGAAGCAGCAGCUCUACCACCCACUCCUGCCCACCCUGCGGCGCAUGGAUAUGGACAGCGUCAAGGGCUGCCUCUCGGAUGAGCACUCCCAAUCUUCCACCUACUGCUCCAAAGAUGACUUUAACAACGCCCACUUCACACUCCUGGGAGUCCCCAACAAACCCCUGCAAUGCCUGGACUUGACAGCGACCGGCCAGAAGCUCUGCUACAAGUACCGGGAAGGAAAGAUGGUGCCCAUCGCUCCUGGCAUCAACCGGGUCGACUGGCCCUGCUACACGCAUGCCAUCGAAGACUGGUCCAAAUUCGUGUCCAGGUCCGGGGAGUUCAAACUGCCUUGCGCCAACCAGAGGGUGGAGCGUUUCAGUGGCUACGCCGUGCGGUACUUGAAGCCUGACGUGACCCAGAACUGGCGGUACUGCAUCAACCAGAACCCCAGCCUGGACCGCUACGGACAGAAGCCCCUGCCUUUUGACACGCUGAACGCGUUCCGGCGCUUUGGCUCCCACUACAGCCGCAUCAACUAUCUGACUCCCUGGCAUUAAUCUGUGGGGGUGAAAAGGCUGAUCCCUCUAUGGCUGGACUGUCCCACCUCAGGACCCCUAGCAGGACAGAGGGCAUAUGGUGGCAACCCAUCUUCCCAGGAGUUCAGUUCAAGAAAUAAACCUAAUGCUUCUUUGGA